AUGUUUAAUCUUGCAUUUGAUGAUGGUGAUCAUCAAUUAUAUUCAGUAUUAAAUGUUGUUGAUGUAAAAAAUGAAAAAUAUUACAUUGAAUUGUGCCGUGUCGGUGAAAUACGUGAUUAUAAUGAAACAUCUUUAUAUGUUGAAGAAAAUUUAUUUACUUGUUUUCAUAAGUCUUAUGAUAAACUAAAAACCAAAUUAACAAGAGAAUGGAAAUUUCAAUAUGAUAUUAAAGAUGUUCUGUUGAAGUCUAUUUUAAAUCAAUAG